ACAUUAAACUGAAUGUUAUAUAUAUGUGUAUUAUUCAUUGUCAUUUAUCUUUAUUGAAUUCAGUUGUUGUAAAUUCAUUUCAUUCGGUUACUUUGGUAAACAAACAAUAAUUGUUAGUGAUGAAUAUGAGGAUUUUUCCUGUGUAUAUUAUAUUUACAUGUGAAAUAAUUUUAGUUCAUAAUCUAUUUAGUCCAUUACAAAUACAAAAACGUGUAAUUAAUGGUCAAAAAGCAGAAAAAUUAGAAUAUCCAUGGGCUGUAUCUAUAAAAGGUACAAAUCCUAUAUUCAAACAAAUCACAUAUUGUGGAUCAACAUUUAUACGAGAUCGUUGGUUGCUUACUGCUGCUCAUUGUUUUUGGGCUGGAUCAUGGAGAAAAUCCCACCUUUUGGAUCCAAGUAACUGGCAUGUUCAAGCUGGAAGUAACGUGAUUGAAUUAGGUGAAGAACAUGGAUAUAGAGGACAUGUAUUAAAACCAGGUACAAAUGGACGUCAAACUAUUAUAGCUACUUUAAUCAAAAGGUUAAUUGAUAUUUUCUCCAGUAGUUCAAAAGACAGACAAGGAGCUGUUUGGCAUACACAUGUAAAACAAAUUAUACUUCAUCCAAAUUAUAGACCAGACGAUCUAGAAUAUGAUCUAGCUUUGCUCGAAUUAGAAACACCCUUGCCGUCGGAAGAUCCAGGGGUUCAACCUGCUGAAUUACCACCUAGUGAAAAUUAUCUUGCUUGGCCACCUGAUCAUGCUGAUUGCAUAUUUGUCGGAUGGGGUUGUCGUGUAAAAAAUGGUAAACCAUCAGCACAGGCUCAAGCUGUUCAUUUGUUAACACUAAAAAAUCAGGACUGUUCGCUAAUGUAUGGCAAUGCCGCAGGCUUAAACGAUCAACAUGAGUUUUGCGCUGGUUAUUACCAAGGACGAGUAGGAAUAUGCUCAGUAAGCCCUAUAACUAAUAUUUGUUCUUCAACUGAAUUGCAAAAUAAUUUUUGUGAUUAUGAAAGUCUAGUUUCAGUCGGUAUGUUUGGGAAUUCGCAUACAUCUAGUCAAGACUGUUUCUACGAGAAUUACAGAUUCAGAAGUUUUCUAUUUGAUUAAAUUGUAUUUUGUAAGACGGAUUUUAUAAUGUAACUUUACAAAUGAGAUAGAGAUUAGUAUUAUAUCCCUAAGCAAAUUCAAAAUCAUAAUAACAAAACUAACGAUGCCAUCAUGAUGAUGUUCAAAUAUUUAUACAUCAUCUCCCAAUGGUAUCAUUGAUCAGAGCACGAAUAACGAAAUUUGAAGAAUAAAUUAAAUCUGUUACGUUUCGAUAUUUUUCGCUAGCUGUGAGAAGCCUACAUUUGAAACAACUGAUAUUGAUAGGGAUAGACUUGUGAAAAAUGUGGAUCAUAAGAAAUCUAUUGUGAAAUACUUAAAGAAUGAACUAAAAUUGAAGUGUCCAGCCCUCAGUAAAAAUAUCUCUUCAUCUUUUCUACGUUGAAAUGAGAUAUCAAUUAAAGAAAUUACUAAAAAUAACCUUACUUGUAACAUUAAUGGAUUAUUUUUUGCAAAUGAAUGUAUAUCAAUACUUAAGAGUUCACCUUCAUCAGUAUUUGCAAACUUUAUGAAAAAUGUAUAUAACAAUCACUGAGAAUAGUUUCACUAUACUGUACUUUACAGUUAUAUUUGCUGAAGAAAUAAAGUGAGACCACCAAAGCAUAUGAUUACUAAGCAAAUGUUUGGUUUUUAUUGUGACAAAGCUAGGUAAGCUUUUGCAUAAUAAAAAGUGCUACGUAUCUUAUGUAAAUAUUUUUUCUGCAGCAUUUUAGGAAUAAAAUAAAC